AUGAACGCCCUCACCAAUAUCUUGGAGACACGGCUCUUCAUCAAUGGAGAGUACGUCGACUCCAUGUCCAAUCAGCGACUAAGCUGUUACAAUGCGAUCGACCACUCUCUUGUCACGAACGAUGUUCAUGCCGCUACGAAAGAAGAUGUCGAUAUUGCUGUUGCAGCAGCUCAGGCAGCGUUUACCGGAUGGUCGUCAACACUUCCACAGAUACGCGCCAAGAUUCUAAACAAAUUUUCCGACCUCUUAGAAGAGCAUUCGGAGCAACUGAGCCUUCUGGAACAUGUCUGUAGCGGCCAACCGAUGCUAGCAAUGAAAUCAGUAUUUAUACCAGCUGCUGCUACGCGCAUUCGAUACUCGGCCGGAUGGUCUGAUAAGCUUGCUGGGCAGUCGUUUCCAGCGGAGAAUGGCUUUCUCAAAAUCGUUCACCGCGAGCCACUGGGAGUUUGUGCAGCUAUCACUGCGUUCAAUGCCCCUCUUAUGUUCAUGGCGGCCAAGGUUGGACCAUGUCUUGCGGUCGGAAACGUCAUCAUCCUUAAACCCAGCGAGAAGACUCCAUUGUCUACACUUUAUUUAGGGCGACUGGCGAAGGAGGCUGGUUUUCCACCUGGGGUGUUCAAUAUCAUUGGAGGUGCCGGAGCAACCGGGGCAUUUCUCGCUGAACACUUGGAAAUUGAUCGAAUUUCGUUUACUGGAAGUUUGGCUACCGGAAAGAAGGUGGCUCAAGCGGCGUCAAAAAGUAAUUUGAAACGCGUGGGGCUAGAACUCGGGGGAAAGAGCCCAAGUAUAAUCUUCGCAGACGCUGAUUUGGAUAACGCAGUACACUGGUGCACGAGAGGUAUUGUUACGGCUUCUGGACAGAUGUGUAAUGCCAGUUCCAGGGUUUAUGUUCACGAAGACAUAAAAGAAAAAUUCAUCCAGCGGAUGAAGAGCGCUUUCGAGGGAAUAGAUAUCUCCCAGACACAGGCCCCAGUGAUUGACCGGAUCCAGCUGGCUCGAGUUGAAAGGUAUAUCGAUCAGGGCACCAAGGAAUCAUCUUUGCUUACAGGAGGAACACGGAUGGAAAACUCUUCUUGGAUACGUCCUACCAUAUUUGUCGAUCCUUCGCCAGAUGCCACUAUCUACAAGGAGGAGAUAUUUGGCCCUGUUGUUGUCAUCUCCGGAUUUACAGAUGAACAAACAGUCGUGGAAAAGGCCAACAACAGUAAAUAUGGUUUACACAGUGCCGUAUUCACACAAGAUAUUAAUCGUGCGAUGCGCUUGUCGAGCAAAGUUUCGAGUGGAACAGUGUGUAUCAAUUGCACUCUCAUGGUUGAUGUCGGCCUGCCUUUCGGUGGAUGCCGCCAGAGCGGAUGGGGGAGAGAAGGUGGAAAAAUUGGAAUGGAAGAAUGGACUGAGCCAAAGACCAUUUUUGUUAAUUUGACAUAUUAA